AUGUCGGGAUCCCUUCUGGAUGCGAAGCUCUUGCUAGUAGCCGGGAGAGUAGCGACUCGAUGCACGGUGGCGGCCUGUCCUGAUAAGCAAGGGUCCGGCGGCCUUCUCUUCGCUACUGCCCCGCUGGCUGGUCGCGCAGCAGCGUACCUGCGUGCCAAGCAGGCCAAUGAACCGGUCCAGAAAUACGUUCAAGAAGUGAUCACUCGAGACAAAGCAGCUCAAAGUCUGCGACCCUCCUUAGGAAGCACUCAGCGAAUCAUUCAGGAACUCCGUUCUUCCAAGCAAGUGAAAAGGAAGGAAAACCGUUAUCGUGUAAUAGCCAGCCAUCGACCUAACUGCACUGAAACAGUUGCACCUGUCAUAAAUGGCGAGGCAUCGAUUGAUGGUGACAGAUCAGACUCUGAAUCAAUGGAAGAUGCUUCACAAAAGGAGAGCGGUGCCGUUGAUAAGAGUUUGGACUGCUGUGGGAAAUUCCAGUUGUUUGAUAUUGAACAAGAAGAGGAGGUGGUAGGAGACUCCAGUGUAACUGCUGCAAACCCACAGAAGACUGAUCCAGAUGUGAUUCUUUGCAAUGCAGUAGAGAUGAUCCGUGAGCGUUUAAAUGUUUCUGAAGAUGGUAAAAAAGAACACCGUGAGAAGGAAGAUGAGUAUGUUUAUGACAUCUACUAUAUGGAAACAUCAGCCCCUGGUUGGAUCCAAAAUAUCCUUUCUGUACAGCCCUAUAGAGAAGACUAUGAACUGGUAGAUGAUGAUCAUAUUCCAGGGGAAAUAUAUGAAGAUGAAGAUGAUGAAAAUGAUGAAAAUAACUGGCGUAAUGAUUAUCCUGAUGAAGAUGAAUUCUUACCUGAGGAAGAUGGUGAUGGAGAAAAAGAGUCUGAAGAGAGCUUCAGUGAUGAGGACCAAUGUUACAGAAGAAGAACAUGGAACAAAUACCGGCAGGAGGUUCUACAGGAAUUUGGAUAUGAUGAGAUCCAGGAUUUGGAUUCUGACUAACAGCCCUUUUUUGAAGAUUAAAUGCACACU